UUUAGAAAAUGUAUAAAUAUGCGGCAAUAAGGCUGUUUCACCAUCAGUUCACUGUUUGCUUUCGCGCAGUUAACAAUUUAGUACCAUAUCAAAAUGACUGGCCGAGGAAAGGGAGGAAAAGGUCUAGGAAAAGGAGGAGCCAAGCGUCAUCGUAAAGUAUUACGUGACAACAUCCAGGGUAUUACGAAACCUGCCAUCCGUCGUCUUGCUCGUCGUGGUGGUGUCAAACGUAUUUCUGGUUUGAUCUACGAAGAAACUCGUGGUGUUCUCAAGGUCUUCCUUGAAAAUGUAAUCCGUGAUGCUGUGACCUACACCGAACACGCCAAGAGGAAGACUGUUACUGCCAUGGAUGUAGUGUACGCUUUGAAACGUCAAGGCCGUACUCUAUACGGUUUUGGCGGUUAAAUUAUUUGCCAUCCUCUUUAAUUUUUUAAUUCAAUCGGCCCUUUUCAGGGCCACCAUAUUUUCAAACGUAAAACAUGCUUCCGUUUUGGAUGACUAGAAAUAAAAAAAUUUAGUAGUACUAGAUAUUUAUUUUUUCAUAACUGUUAUCCGAAUUCAAUAUUUACCUUUGUCUACAAUUAUAAUUUGAAAAGUUCCGAACUUCGUAAC